GCUUGGCUGGCCAUGGAAACCUCGCCUAGAUUAUCUGGAUGUAUAAAUUCAGCACCAUACAAAGUAGUCGAAGACGUCUGUUGCUCGUCUCUCUGCCGGCUUCAGCGUUUUCUCUGGGGUUCCAGUCGCUAUGGAUUCACUUCUACAUGCUCGAAUGUCCCAAGAUCCAGCGGCGGGGUCGUACUACAAUGGCCAUUACGUCCCUACCUCCGCAGAGAAGACGGCGUACCAAUCUACCCAUGAACCUUGGGCUUCGUCUGUAGAAUACGGCCAUUGCGAAUUAUACUUCUUUGCCGUCACCAUCUUCAUUGCGAUCUUGUUUAAUAUUCACUUCAGGAUUCUUCAGCGACGCAGCCUCGCUGUUGGGUCAACGUCGCAAUCUCUGACCCUACAAGAUAAAUUCUAUGCCCUCUUUCGACUGCUUGCGUACCCUCGCAUUCCUACCUCAGUCAACAGGUUCAUCUCUCCAUGGUACACUGCAGGAAACCAGGGCCAGACGUUACUUCUCGCUGCGGGAUUUCUUUUCACCACUCUUUACUGCUUCGCAGACACAUAUUAUUACAGGCCCCCGUUUUAUGGAGCUUCUCCUUUAGGCCUGCGAAGCGAAUGGCCGGCCAUGGCAAUGCUCCCGUUUCUUAUUGUGUUCGGACACAAAAUCAACUUCAUUGGUACUUUGAUAGGUAGCUCCCACGAGAAGAUGCAGGUACUCCAUCAAGGAGUGGCGGGCUUGCAUUUGUAUAUGCCCUUGGUACACACCAUUUCCAUGACGAUACGCUCCAUUCGGGAACGCGGAAUUAACUAUAGUUUUCACAACAAUUGUGCCUAUUGGACCGGCUUCGUCGCUCUAGCACCAUUGAUCUGGCUUUGCUGUGCUAGCCUUCCAAUCUUCCGCAAGGCCGGGUACGAGUGUUUCUGGAUUCUCCAUCUUGCCGCUGUUGGGGUUUACUUUGGAUUCUUGUGGCUUCACUGUUGGAAGUAUCUCGAUAGAGGGUACUACAUGUACGCGACAUUUGCAGUCUUCGCCUGGGGCGUUGUGCUUCGUGUUGGUUACAUGAUAUAUGUCAACCUCCAUAUCCACGUUGCCCGUGUCCAUGUAACACCAUCAGGCAUGUUACAUCUCAGUAUUCCUACGAAACUUCGAUGGUCCCCCGGUCAGCAUGUGUUCAUCCGCUUCCUCAGCGUACGUCCAUUGGAGUCCCACCCCUUCUCUAUCAGCAGUAUACCGAGCGGCAACGAUCAACCGAACGAUAUGACUUUCAUUAUCGUGCCUAUGAAGGGUUUUACCAGUUCUCUCAAAGAUUAUUGUAAACAAGCUGGUGGUCGCCGCGACCUCUUUGUUCUCCUCGAUGGUCCCUUCGGACAUUCAACGCCAGAACUCCGAGCUUUCGACAAGGCUUUGCUCAUCGCUGGAGGCAGUGGCAUCGCGUAUAUUCUGCCCAUCUUUCAAGAUCUCGUUCGAUGCCGUAAAGGCGAAGUCGAUGCGAAGACACGGUGCAGCAAAAUUGAGUUAGUCUGGGCAGUUCGGUCUAGAGAUCAAUUUCAGAAGAUGGAACAAUACAUCUCUGACACUAUUAAAGGCCUCGACGACGACGGUGUUUCUGUAAGCUUUUUCGUCACUGGGAUAGGUGCCGGACCAGAGGAGAUGGAAUCGAAGAGCGGCUCGGAUGAUGUCCUUGCAAGUGACACGAAGAAGUCUUUUUCUGAGGAGCUGCCGGUGCUUUGGAACACUGGCCGCCCGAAGCUUCUUGACAUUAUCCGGGAAAAAUCCCAGACAUGGGAAGGACGUGUUGCAGUAACCACGUGCGGGUCGGAAUCGAUGAUUUCUGAUGUUAGCAAUGCCGUUGCUGGCGUACAAAUCGAUAUACUCAGACAAGGGACGACGUGUAAGGAGAUGUAUCUGCAGACUGACGCCUACGAUUGGUAGCUGGUGG